CCUCCGCUAAAAGGUAACGUGGUCGCCUCAGCAGCUAAAAGCCGCUCACUAAAGUGCAUUUAUUGUGUCUCCCUACGCGUAUUUACGAUCAGAAAGUUCAUCAUGUCGUCCCAUUUGCAGUGGAUGAUCAUCAGGAACUGCUCCAGUUUCAUCAUCAAGAGGAACGGACAGACCUACAGCACUGAGCCCAACAACCUGAAGUCCAGGAACUCUUUCCGCUUCAAUGGUUUGGUGCACAAGAAAACCGUCGGUGUGCAGCCAGCUGCCGAUGGCAAGGGAGUCGUCCUCGUGCUGAAGAAGCGUAAAGGUCAGCACAAACCUGCCAACUCUUACGAGAAGAUCACCAUCAACAAGAACUCUCGUGCCACCCUCAACAGCGUGAGACACAUCAUCAGCAAGAGCAAGUACAGGAAGGACCUGCGCAUGGCUGCCCUGCGUCGUGCCAGCGCCAUUCUGAAGAGCCAGAAGCCUGUUGUGGUGAAGAAGAAGCGCACCAGGGCUGCGAAGACUGCAAACUGAUGCACAUGAUAAAUCAAUAAAAGCUUGUUGUUUAGAAACA